AUGGGAGAGGAAAAGAGCUGGGGAAGCAGUAUCGAGGGCGUAGUGCGGCUCCGCCAGAUGGUGCGGCGGUGGAGGAAGGCAGCGCCGGAGGGCGUGCCGGCGGGACAUUUGGCGGUGUGCGUGGGCCGGAGCUCAAAGCGUUUCGUUGUGCGCGUGGUGCAUCUCAACCACCCAAUCUUCCGGGAGCUACUCGAACGGGCCGAGAUUGAGUACGGCUUCUCAGCCCGCUCUGGCCCGCUCUCCCUCCCCUGCGACGAGUACUUCUUUGAGGAUGCCCUCCGCUGCAUCUCCAAGUCCUCAUCACAACCUACCAAGACCCAACUCUCAUCAUCUUCGUGUUUAACGAAUCGUCAAGACCAGCGAAAUCUAGGGCUUCGAUGUUGCCGCGUCGCCUACGGAGAAGACGACGACGUUUCCCGGUUCCGCCGCAUCGCUGAGAAAUCGUGA